CUUGUUCACAAGGAAACUCUCUGAGACUCAUCCUGCAGUUCAUUAUCAUCAGCAGCUUGACUACCCAGAAAAAAAAAAGAAAAAAAAUUCUUGACUUUUAAAGACCCCUGCUGAUGUCCCGAGGAGCAUUUCUAAAUCACAGCAAGGCUUUGCUCUCACUGGACUGACAACACACAGUUUUGACCAGAUCCAUCCAGAUCCAGAUCCAAUCCAUGAGAACAGACUCAAUCAACGACAAGAAAAACGUCUCUGACUGUGCUGACAGCUCUCAUCUGAGACAGCCUACAUCUGCAGAACACUGGUCCUGGUAUCUGAUUUUUAAAGUUGGUCUCUGAACAGUUCAAAGAUUGAACAAUCACAAAGAUGAAUUUUUUCUUCAACCUUUUCAGCCGUUUAGGGCUGACUGACGCCGGCCGUUUAGAGCCGGAUGACGCCGGCCGUUUAGGGCCGGAUGACGCCGGCCGUUUAGGGCCGGAUGACGCCGGCCGUUUAGGGCCGGCGUUACUGACAAAUAAAGGCAAGAGUGAACUUCUACAACCUGGUAAAGGACAGACAGAAGCACUCUCUAUUUACAAAGUUCUUCUGAAAGAGGAGCAGCUUAACAUAGAAGGGUGCAGGCGUUUCAGUUUUGGAAAAGAGUCCCAGAAACGUAAUCGCACUAUCAUGGUUCUUGGAGCAACAGGAGCUGGCAAGACAACACUUAUCAAUGGGAUGAUCAAUUACAUUCUUGAUGUCAGAUGGAAAGAUUCUUAUCGGUUCAAGUUAGUUGAUGAGGGUCAGUCGAAAUCACAAGCUGAAAGUCAGACUUCUGAAGUCACUGUUUACAAAAUCAACCACCAAGAGGGAUUCAAAAUAGACUAUUCCCUGACAAUUAUUGACACACCAGGUUUUGGGGACACAAGAGGAAUAGAAAGAGACAAGGUGAUCACAGAACAGCUGCGUAAUCUGUUCUCAGCAGGACGCGGUGUCAGUGACAUAGACGCUGUGUGUUUUGUAGCUCAAGCCUCUUCUGCUCGACUCACACCAACACAGAAAUAUGUGUUCGACUCAGUGCUCUCGAUCUUUGGCAAAGACGUGGCCGAGAACAUCAGAAUUCUGGUGACAUUCGCAGACGGCCAACACCCACCAGUUCUUGAGGCAAUCAUUGCCUCUGAGGUCCCCUGCCCUAAAACAAAUAAGGGUGUCCCAGUUCACUUCAAAUUCAACAAUUCGGCAUUAUUUGCAGACAACAAAUUAUCAGGACAAAACAACCCAGGCUGCAGUGAUGAUGGAGAUGAAGGCAAUUUUGAUCAAAUGUUUUGGGACAUGGGUACAAAAAGCAUGAAGAACUUCUUUGCAGCUUUGAAUCUCAUAACACCCAAAAGCUUGACUUUGACAAAGCAGGUCCUCAGAGAGCGAGAGCAGCUUGAAAAUUCAGUUGAAAAUUUGCAGUUGCAGGUUAAACUCGGCUUAGCAAAGCUUGAGGAGAUAAAACAGACAACACAAAUUCUUCAGGAGCAUGAGGCAGAAGCCACUAGAAAUGAGAAAUUUGAAUUUGAAGUCACCAUGAAAAAGCCUGUUCAAAAAGAUAUUUCCAACACUAGAAAAUACGUCACCAACUGUCAGCAAUGUCACAUGACCUGCCACUAUCCCUGUGGCAUACCAGAUGAUAACAAUAAGGCACGCUGUACUGCAAUGGGAUCAGAUGGGAACUGCACUGAGUGCACAGGCAAAUGUCACUGGACAGUGCAUUUUAAUCAGAAGUACAGAUGGAAGUAUAAGGAAGUUAAAGAAAAACGAACAGUGCAAGAACUCAAAGACAAGUAUCAAAAAGCCACAAAGAACAAGAUGACUGUUCAGGAUGUGAUAAAAAAGCUGCAGGAUGAGUAUGAGAAAGUGCAGGUUGAGGUGAUGAAUCUGAUGGAGAGGUCAGCCAAGUGUUUGGACAGACUCAAAGAGAUAGCACUCAAACCAAAUCCACUCUCUACUCCAGAGUACAUUGACUUACUCAUUGAAGGAGAGAAAUCUGAGGCCAGGCCAGGCUGGAUGAAACGCGUUAAGGCCCUGACGGCUAUGAGGGAAAAGGCAGUGACCACGGCUAAAGUAGCCACAGGAGAAAAACUCCUCCAAAGUCCCAGCUUUUGAAUCUGUCCAACAGUCUGAUUCAAACUUAGCUGGUGUCAGCUAGCAUCACACUUGUUAGGAGUCCAAGCACCCAAGGUGCUGGACUCCUCUUUUGAUUGGUUGGAUUAUUGGUGUGCUUCCUUUAAAAAAGCACACUUAUACCCUCCUCUUUGCUUCCUCAUUAUUCUUGUUUGUUUUUUAUUCUUCCACCAAAUUUUGUUCUCUAGCUCCUUCCAAACUGUUUGAAGCUGCUGACACCAUUUAAACUUUAAAAUGUACCACAUGUUCUGCUGCAGUGUGCUUGUAUUCAGAUUUUUAUUAUUAUAGGUUUUGAGAAGUCACAGUUUAAGUUUUCUGCAGCUUUCAGAGGUUACAUAUAAUGUGUCAUAUAAUGUGAAUAAUGUGUCUCUCUGGAGUGAAUGAUGUCAUGACACACUCUGGCUCUCCCAUACACACUCAUUAUCUCAGCAAUGUUAAACAAUUUAACUGUUGUUUCCCUGUCCAAACCUAUGCCUGUUUUCACAGGUUGUACUUAUGUUCGUCCACAGUUCAGCAGUCAUGUGACCUGUUGCUGUGGACACCUGAUGUUAUUCUUGCUUCAGUCAAGCUCUGUGCCUUUUCAUAAAACUUGCUGACUGAUAGUAUUUGUGUCAUGCUGUGCUGUAUCAUUUCAAUA